AUGGGCUGGACGCAGAGGGCAGUGGAAAUCAUGAUAGAGUCGUAUAGGGCCCACCCAAUCCUAUACAACACCAAAGAUGCCCUGUACCACAAUCGCGUUAAGAAGGAACUGGCCUACCAAGAGGUACUUGAGGAUGUCUGCAAGGAAAAGAGUGACUGCACGGUUGAUGACGUGAAGAAAAAAAUGAACGGGCUACGUAGCAACUUUGCUUGGGAAAUGGAGAAGAUAAAAAAGACCAAAAGAAGUGGUGCUGCGGCAAAGGAUGUGCACAAGCCAACCGUAUGGUGGUUCCAGAAGCUGCUCUUUCUUAACGAUCAGCAAAUAUCUCUUCAUCCAUACGCAGAUAGUUUUUGUAAGAAGCGGGGUCUUCCAGCCUGA